AUGACCUUUCACGGCGGGCACGAUUUCUCGUCGCAGUAUCCUCGAGCACGCAUCAAAGAGGAGAGCCACCCUCUCGCGCUAUAUGCGACACCUCCCAUCCAGGACCUGGGCGUGGGCGCUGUCGGACCAACUUCCCAGUUCCCAGAAACUCACAUUCGAGGGCUUGAAUAUCGAACGGCUUCUUCCUUCAACACCACCACGGCUUCUUCCGGCGCAUUUGGGAGAGUUGGAUGCGAGAUGCCUCAGAAGAGAUCAAGUCCUGGAGAGGCCAACGGCACUCCUGCAAAGGUUGCUAAAGCUGAGCACCCCGAGGAGUUCUCGAAUGCUGUCAAGAAGAAGUUGCAAUCCUCGACGAGGACGGGCCAGGCGUGCGACCGGUGCAAGGUACGAAAGAUCAGAUGCGAUGGGCUUCCCGGAGGAUGCUCGCCCUGUCUGCAGAACAAUACAGAAUGUCGUACGACCGACAGAAUCACUGGUCGCGCGACCUCACGAGGCUAUGUCGAGGGCUUGGAGCAACAGAACCGCGACAUGCAGCACCGGAUUCGCGAAUUGGAGCAGCGAUUGAUACAGGGAGGUGCAGAUAUUAAGCCUUCAAAUGAUUAUCAUGAUGGUGCAGCUUCGAGUUACGACUACAAUCAAACUUCUACUGCGCAACCUCCUGCAUGGAACGCCGGAGCGCCUUCUUACACCCCGCCCAAUAGCAAUGGCAAUGGUAUAGCCACACAAUCGCAGGAAACGAACAUGUUUCGAGCUCUGCCAGCUUUUCGUGCGGGGUUCCCGGGAGACAAUUACCUAGGUGUAUCUCCUGGUAAUUCGAACUUAAGCUCCAUCAAAGGAACUGCACUGUCCAUCUUGGGGAUGGAAAUCGAUAUUGCUGAUUUCGACUCUUUGGAUAUGGACGAGCCUGACCCUUCAGUUUUCCACCCUCAGCUAUACAACAAGUCGUACCAGGCCUUUUUACAGUCCGCAUUGAACAUCAAUCCGAGAAUUGAGAAGGUCGAUUUGCCUUCAAGAGAGGAUGGUUUUACCUAUGCCGACUGGUAUUUCCGUGUUAUUAACCCGUAUCUGCCUCUCCUCCAUGGACCAACCUUCUUCAAACUGUUGACUCGAUUCUAUGAUGAUCCCUCUUUUAGGCCAACCACAGCUGAGACGGUGAUUGUUCAUAUGGUAUUUGCCACCAUGUUCUUUCAAUACGCAGCCCGAAAUUGGGAAGAUGCAGCACAACAAGCAAGUCUGACCAAUUCGUCAAACAUGCACUACCAUUACUCUUUAGGCAUGUUCUAUCAGCUCUCCUGCAGCCAUACACUCCAGGAUGUCCAGGCUCUGACCCUGAUUUGUUCCCAUUUGCGAAAUUUCCCCAAACCUGGUGCUAGCUGGAUCUUAACACAAACAACCAUGUCGAUAGCAAUCGAAUUGGGCCUACAUCGUUCGGCAAGGAGAUGGGCUUCGGAUACUGUUCCAAACCAUCUGGAUAUCGAGAUGAGGAAACGAACUUUCUGGGCCCUCCUUGCCAUUCACGUCACUCUCAGUGGCAAGCUCGGGAGACCAAUGGCAUUCAGGAUCGAAGACUUCGAUGUCGAGAUGCCAGAACCCGUUGAUGAUGAGUUACUCACCGAGAACGGAUUAGACACAUCUAGACCGGGCAAGUGUGACCACAACAUAGGCCUGCAGGCUUUUCGUUUCCUGCCCCUCUUUAUGGAACUGUAUAGCACUAUCUAUGCCGUUCGACGUUCCCCCGAGAAUUACAUAUCAACGAUCAACAGAUUGGAGGCAAAGUUGCGGGCUUGGCGAGAGGGAUUGCCACCGGAUCUCGUCAGAGGCCAAGCGGGCGAGAAUGAACAAGAGGGCCGGGUGUUCGCUCUCUACGUUCAGAUGUGGGUGCUCGAAUUCCGACUCCUCCUUCGGCAUCCAUCAGUCUCGGCCACCACCGACGAGACUUUCAACGCCGAGAGCAUGAGGAUCUGCGUGGAAUCUUCUCGUCAAAUGCUCGGCGUAGUACGUCAACUGCAGAAGUUCAGAAGUCUUGAUACUACGUGGUACAACAGUGCUGUCUAUGUCUGUGCGAUCACUACAACUCUCUUCGCACAGUGGGACAAGCGGAAUGAGGCAUCAGCUACUGAUUUGGCAGCUCUGAGAGAGGAGAUGGACAUCUGGCUUGAUAUCAUGAGUGAUGUUGGGUCUUUGCUAGGAUCCGGAAAUCGUCUUCGAGAGGCUGUCCGAGUCGUUACUGAUGGGACACUCAACCACUUAAGCCGUAGCCUAACUGGCAAAACCACUGCCUACGUUACAAAUAAUAAUGGUACCGUUGAAGACACCAAGCCAUCCGCACCGGCACCAACUCCCACAAUUGCCUAUAGCACAUCUACGACUGCCCAAGGUUACCCUUACUCGAACAGCCCUCCCAAAAAUGGAACGAACAACUCAUCAUCAUACAUGUCUCCUGAUGAUGCCCCACUACAUGACAGCACACCGUAUCCUACCGCCACCCAGUACUCUACAUAUCCCGAUUCGGCCCCAUCCGUUGCAUACACGCCGUCACAACCUCCGAAUACCUAUACUGCAUAUCCUCCUGGUAGCGACCCAGUGGAGGCACCUCUUCUGGCAGCCUUUGCCGCACAAGCUUCCCAAGUUCACGCAAGCCAGAACCCUGCACAAUGGCGUACUCAACCAAAUUCUGUGAACUCAACCAGUCAAUCUUGGCAACAAUGGACUAGCACCAUGGCAGGAAAUCUUGAGGCUCAAGAUUGCUACAGUGCCAACGCACUGAUGCAACUGGGUAGCCGAGACUUAGCUGACGGAACAUCUGGAGCAAAUGGGCAGGGAGGAGAUGCUCAGACAGGUGUGGGAGUCGGCCAACUGGAUCAUGGUCAUUUGGGCACAUCGGUUCCAAUGGGUGGAAUAUGGCCUCUGAAUGUCUUCGACAUCGGACAAGGACAAGCAGGGUCAUGA